AUUUUUACGAUUACAUUUUUUAAAUUCUUAUUUUGUAUAUUUUAACAGAAUUGACCAGUGAAUAUGGGAGUCCAUGUAAACCCCCGGAGUAUUGGAGCAGAAGUAACAAACCCCAACCCUUCAAGUGGAUGGCGCCUGAAUCUUUUAUUCAAAAUGUUUUCUCUCAAAAAUCUGAUGUUUGGGCGUUUGGGAUUACUCUGUGGGAACUCUUCUCUUUAGGAAAGGAACCGUAUGGAGAGGGAAUAACACCAUUUAGUCUUCAGAAAAUGCUGAAUACUGGAGGCAGGCUUCAGGAAUGUAGAAACGCACCAAUGAAAGUUCGUGUACUGAUGAGAGAAUGCUGGUUUUCUGAACCUGUCUGCAGACCAAGCUUUAAUUCAGCAGUAGAGGCUUAAGAUCCAGCUAUCAUUCAAACACUCUAAAAAACUAUAGCAUAUGCCAUGCUGCGUCCUGGUACAAAUAUACCGAGCUGGUACAAGUAUACCGAGCUGGUACAAGUAUGCCGAGCUGGUACAAGAAUGCUGAGCUGGUACAAGUAUACCGAGCUGGUACAAGUAUGCCGAGCUUGACCAA